UUAAGUUAAAAAAAAAAGAAAAACAAAUAGACAGAGGCGCGUUUGAGAAGAGCAAUAACGAGAAAGAGAUCGUCGACGUCCAAGUUUGAAUCGAAGCGCCACCGGCUUCUGCCACUGCAUCGUUAGGGUUUUGUUCAAUCAGAAGAACAAAGAUGGCGCUGAAGUUUCUGAACAAGAAGGGAUGGCACACGGGCAGCCUCAGGAACAUCGAGAACGUUUGGAAGGCAGAGCAGAAGCACGACGCCGAGCAGAAGAAGUUGGAAGAACUUCGAAAGCAGAUCCACGAAGAGCGUGAGCGCAACGAGUUCCGCCUUCUUCAAGAGAAAGCUGGCCUCGUCCCUGCUCAGGAGAGGUUAGAUUUCUUGUACGAUUCGGGGCUUUCGGUCGGAAGAAGUUCUAAUAACGAAGGUUUCAAAGCACUUGAAGCUUUUCCCAAACCCGAUGCUUCAGCUGAUGCGCCUUCUUCUUCUGCCUCUGCUUCUGCUUCUAAGCAACCUGGAGCUUUGUUUGAAGACAAACCGCAGUCUGCGAAUGAUUCUUGGAGGAAGCUCCACUCUGAUCCUUUGCUUAUGAUUCGCCAGCGCGAGCAGGAGGCGCUUGCUAAGAUCAAGAACAACCCUGUCAAGAUGGCUAUGAUUAAAAAAUCAGUUGAAGAAACAGAACACAAGGAGAAAGGUCACAGCAAAAAGGAAAAGCGGAAGAAGCACCAUUCUAGUAAAUUAAAGCUUAAAAGACAUUCUGAUUCAGAAGACGACACUACUGAAAGGAGAAAAAGAAAGGCUGGUGAUCGAGAUUCCGACAGGAGGCAUCACAAGUCUCUAUCGGAUUCAGAAUAUGAUUCAAGUGAAGAAGAAAGCAAAAGAAGGAAGAGUCGUUUUGAAGACAAAAAGUACAAAGAAAAGAUGGAAUUUGAUUCAAGUGAAGAAGAAAGAAGAAGGAAGAGUCAUUAUGAAGACAAAAAAUACAGAGAAAAGCUGAAAGAUCACCCAGCCACCAUCAAAGGCACAGAAAAGACUAUAAUGGCAAACGUGAUGACAAAAAUUAUAACAAGUCAGAAAGAUAUGCUUCAGAACGACAGUCCAAUAGUGAUGCCCCUGCUAAGAGAGUGAAUAAUGGGAGCUUUCCUGAACCAAGCUUAAAUAGAUCUGCUGCUACCUCACAUGAACGUGAGUCUCACCAUAGACGCAGAUAUGUAGCUCCUAAGCUUUCAGAAGAAGAGCGGGCUGCCAAGCUUAAGCAGAUGCAAUUGGCUGCUGAGUUGCAUGAAGAGCAGAGAUGGAAACGCAUAAAGAAGGCCGAAGAGACUGAUGCCCGGGAAGCAACCCAAAACAAAAAUUCAGGUGGAAGGAAUUUCUUGGAUGAUGCUCAGAAAAGUGUAUAUGGUGCUGCCGAGGGAGGGAGUAAGUCAAUAGCUGAAAGUGUUCGUCGUCGCACACAUUAUUCUCAAGGCAGGUCUGGGGGUGAAGGAAAUGCAUUUCGACGGUAAUCAAGGGGCGAUCCAGUGGUUGUUUUAUUACUAAUUGUGUUAUCUAGGUUUAGAUCCCCACCAUUGCAUGUGCUUUCUUCCCUGUAACCCUGUUUAAUAUCAGUGGAAUAACAUAUCAAGAAUUUGUAGUUCAUCUCACCUGAUUUGAGAUGUCCAGUGUUCCUAUAAGGUUUUUGUGGUAUUUUAUUUAUCCAUGGAGAAAUGUUUUCUAUA